CUAGAAAGAAAAACUACAGCUUGUGAAGUUAAUCAACAUCGAGUUGUCAUCUUUGAAACACGCGCUAUUAGCUCACGCCUCUCGCGGCGCCGUUUGAGCAAUCUCGAAUCGAAGAUAUAGCUAUCGCAAGAAUCUUCAGCCUUGCGACACUACGACGACUUUCGCUGCGCCCAGUCGGCCAAUUCACCGGCUAACAAAGGCCCUUUGAACAAACAAUCACUUUACCAUACAAUCAUACAAACCAAGAGAAAAAAAAGAAACCGAUAAAAUGGCCAUGCCACCAGCCUACCACGAAUCCCUCCCAUACAUCGACCCCGAACCCUCCCAAGAAGCCCUCGCCGCCGCCCGCGCCCUCAUCGCCGCCGAACAAUCAACCUUCUCCCCUCCUCCUCCUCAAGAACACCCCCAAGAACCAUCCUUCUCGCCCGCCAUCGCCACCGAACUCGCCCGCAUCGCCUCAUCAACCCCCUCCCAGCCCCUCGAUCUCUCCCGCUACGAAGCCCAAGAGCUUCCCCCCCCUCCAACAAAGACAUCAACCCGCUCAUCCAAAAAAUCAUCCUCAAAAUCGGCCUCCUCCUCUUCUGCGGCAGAGGCUUCAAGGCAACCCCUUUCAAACGCCUUCAUCUCAUCCUCCUACCUCUCCUCCCGCGCCCAAAACCUAUCCCUCCUAGACUCCCACGGCCGCAACGCAUGGCUCCUCUCAAACUACCACCUCGAGGCUGAGCUCCGCUCCCUCGAGCGCGACCUCGCCGCCACGAAACGCGACAUGGACCUCCUCAACGCCGCGCGCGCAUCCCGCCAAAACGAUGUCAAGGCCGAGAUGCAAGGGCUCGAGCAAAACUGGCGCGAGGGCGUUGGCAGGGUUCUCGAGACGGAAAUUGCCGUCCAGGAACUCAGGGAGCAGAUACGACAGGAGCUGAGGAGUAGGGCCAGCGCUGCUGAGCAUCCUGCUGCUUUAUAG